CGGCCAUUUUGAGAACUUAGAGAGUACCUCACAUGCGAUUGUUUUGAUAGAAUCUUGUUGAUGUUUAUAAAAAAAUGUAUAAUUAGCGAUAAAGUAAAAAAGAAAUAUUUAUAAAUAAUCAGUAGAUAAUAAAAUAAUUGCAAUAAUGAGUGAAAACGAUUCAAUUUACGGCACUACAUUGUCUCAGGAGUCGAUGAAAGUCAUUGCUGAGAGCAUCGGUGUUGGCAAUCUUCCUGAUGAAGCAGCUAAAGAUCUUGCUGAAGAUGUUAGUUAUAGACUUAAAGAAAUAAUUCAGGAUGCAGCAAAAUUCAUGAGACAUGGUAAAAGACAAAGAUUAACUACCCACGAUAUAGACCAUGCUCUGAAAGUGAAAAAUAUCGAGCCCACUUAUGGCUUUUUCUCGAAAGAUCACAUCCCGUUCAGGUUUGCCUCAGGCGGAGGAAGAGAAUUGCAUUUUGUUGAAGAGAAAGAGAUAGAUUUGAAUGAUUUAAUAUCAAUGGCUGGUGGUCCAUCUUGGCCAAAACUACCUCUGGAUAUUUCUCUAAGAGCUCAUUGGUUGUGUAUUGAUGGAGUUCAACCAACCAUACCUGAAAAUCCACCUCCAGUGUCCAAAGACGUUCAAAAGCUCGAAAGUGUAGAUCCAACAGCAAAAUUGACAUCAAAAACAAGCAAUGUCGCCGUAGGAAAGCCUGGAGCUGGUGGAAAAAGUCAAAAACUUCGAAAUGUUGAAACAGUUCAUGUUAAACAACUCGCGACCCAUGAACUAAGUGUUGAACAACAGCUUUAUUAUAAAGAAAUCACUGAAGCUUGUGUUGGUUCCGAUGAAGGUCGACGAGCUGAAGCACUUCAAUCUUUAGCAGCAGACCCUGGACUUCAUGAAAUGUUAGCAAGAAUGUGUACCUUCAUUGCUGAAGGAGUGCGUGUGAAUGUAGUGCAAAAAAAUUUAGCAUUAUUAAUAUACUUGAUGAGAAUGGUCAAAGCUCUUCUAGAUAACCCAAGUUUAUACUUAGAAAAAUAUCUACACGAGUUGAUUCCAUCGAUUAUUACGUGCAUUGUAUCGAAGCAGCUUUGUAUGAGGCCAGAGUAUGAUAAUCAUUGGGCAUUGAGAGAUUUUGGGUCCAAAUUAAUGAGCCAGAUAUGUCGAAAUUUCAAUACUUCUACUAAUAACGUGCAAACGAGAGUUACGAGGAUGUUUAACCAUGCUUUAACGAAGCAUAAUCAAACUCCUUUGGCAACUCUCUACGGAGCAAUAUGUGGAUUAUGUGAGUUGGGACCCGAAGUUAUCAAAGCCUUAGUAAUACCAAAAAUAAAGUCUAUUUCUGAAAGAAUAGAAAGUUGCGUUGAAGACCCAACACUUUCGAAUGUUGAUAAAAAUGCAGCUGGUCAUAUUAAAGCUGUUUUAGUGAGAGCAGUAGCGCCAGUUCUAAAAAUGAUAAGAUCACCGCCAGAUUUUGUAGAAGAAUACAAAUUAGACUAUGGAUACAUUGGACCAACAUUGUGUUCUGCAGUAGCGAAAGCACGUAGUCAAUCAGCUUCCACAAAUGUAUCAACCACUUCGAAUUUGACAACAACUCAACAACAAGGACCAGUUACCACUAGUAAUCGAGGCCUUGUACAAAAUGAACAUAUUCCAGUAAUUAACACGAACACAAGUCAGCAACGUACUAUUGUCGUUGGUACGAAUCGGAAUACAAGUGUUGCUUCAACCGGAGGAGGACAGAAAUUUGUUAUUUUACAAUCAAGAUCACAAACUCCAACUUCUCAAACGACUUCUGCCAUUCAACAGCAGACCACUCAAUCACAACAACAACAAGUUCAGCCACAGCAGAUCAAAGUUGUCACUAAUAAUCCAAAUAUUCAAAAAACUCAAGUUCAGAGUAAUUCAUCUAAGUUGGUCGUUGUUUGUAUGGCUAAUACUAGUCAUGCUAAUACAACAUCUGUCGCUCAAGUUACUACUAUUAAUCCUAAAACAAAUGUUUUAAUAAAUCCAUCGAAUACUGAGAGACCGUUAAGUCCUCAUGAUGAAGCAUUUUUGUAAUUUUAUUAUUAAAAUUAUCAUGAAAAAAGUA